CGGGAGAUGGCAGCACUGCGCCAGACCAUGGUCAGACAGCAUGAACAACGAUUGGAAGGACAUUUACACAUUUGUGGAUGAUGUGGUGAAGAAGUUUCCAAAGCAAAUGAACAGAUUAAACAAGCAAACUCUGGAGCUGAAUGACAUCGUAGAAAGAAAGGAUCAAAUGUAUGGUGUAAACAAUGGAUUCAAGUCACUAGAAGACAUUGUUAACUUGCUGGUGGUAAAUUCCUGUCAUGAAGUUAUGGCUGGGGAGAGUUAUUUUGUCUGUGUAGGAGACUGACAAGGAGCUACCACCAGUGCACAUAAUACAAAG